AUGCCUGGCCACAGCACAGGGGCUCCACGCCACAAGUACCCCAACUCUUGCUCUAGGGCGGACAACCAUCGACCCAACCGGACUAUAUCCAGGGACAGCACAACCAGCCAAGACUCCUACAAGGAUCCUCAUGGGGAGCAAAUACGUGACCACUCCCGCUAUUCAGAGGGCAGGUAUGGUCGAGGAAGAAGCCACCCUCGAAACGGCACAGGAAGGGGUUCAGAGACAAUAGGAUUUAUUCCGGGGUCGGCAGACAGCGUGCCGAGCAGCAGGCAGUCCUGUGCCUCCAUGGGCUGGAGUAGCUGUAAGGCUCUUAUCUGUUCUGUUCUCACCUGUGGAUUUUAUGGCACCCGGGAGCCCUGGGCUAAUGAGAGCUCCACAGACCAUACCCCCAAAACGGUCGGUGACCCUCGACCUCCUAACGGCAUAGCUGUGAAAACCCCUGGCAUGUCUUUGGAGCCCAAUAAUAAGCAGCCCAAGACCCCCAGGUUGCCCCUGAAUGACAGUUUCCGUUACCCAGAUGUGCACAUAGCAGGGGAUAACCAGCGGCCGGUCAGCAGCACCAGCCUUAUAUCCUACGAAGACUACGACUUGGAUGAGCAGAGCGACAAAGACAUUGACUCUCUGAUCACCAAGAAGCUGCUGGAGCUUUACGCCCUGCAUCAGAUUGACCAGCUGGCCAAGUGCACCUCUGAUUCCUCCUUCUCCCGCGAGAUCAGCGAGCUCAUCUACAGCAUCGCUCAGGACUACAACCUGGAGGAUCAAGAGGCCGAGUGCAAGCUGGUGCACGGGGUCAUCCGCAUCAGUACGCGGAAGGGGAAAAGGAACAAGGGCUACCUGUCGACCGGGCAGCAUCAUAACAGCAGGAGGGAUGGGACCCUCCCCGACAGUGGCAACGAGACCAUGACAAACACCUUCAUGAGCAGUGAUUUUCCAGAGGUGAAAGUGUCGGAGCAGACACCAUCAGACGAGCUGGCGAGAAAGAUGAGAAAUUACAGCGGGCGAACAUAUUCCUCCAGCACUACUACGGCUUACUCAGCGUACCACCACGACACUGAAACCUACUCCUCAGGCGCUCCUCUGAUUCUCUAA